AUGGAUGCUGAAGGCGAACCAAUGGAGGUUGAUGGCGAACAAGCCGAAGAUGGCCAACAAGCCGAACAAGCUGCAAUUGAUGAAAAUAGAAACCGCAUCGACGCAUUCCGUGCCAACGCUAAUCGCCGCAACGUUCGAACUGUGACCCGGAACUGUAAACUGAGAACCGUUCUUAAUGAUGAUUAUCGAGAGCUACGGCAUCCACUGCGAACGUUAGCAGAAGACUACACAGUGGUGAGACGUGAUACUUUUGACUUGGUGAACAUGGACGUGUUACGUUGGAUUCAAGAAGGAGCAGAAGGCACGCCGUGUCCUGACAUAUUGAACCAGGGUUACUGGAGGAAAGCGUUUACCUUGUGCACAUUACCUCCCACCCAUACCGAGGAAGCUACAGAGCCACAUUUUUUGCACCUUAUCCAGACCUUCAAUUGGUGCUUUCAACGAUCUCGGUUGCUACAUCCAGAUGAUUUCGCGGAGGAUGACCCCGAUCGACCAGAUAUACCUCAGCCACUAUACGAGCCGCCCGACUUCAAUUCACCCACGUUGAGAAGUCGUCUUGCUGAUUUAUUCGCAAGAGGAGAAGCCAUACCGGCAAUCAAGAACCACCUAGCUCUCAACCCCCCAAAAUAUAUGAAGCAUACCUUCACGGCGUAUUUUUACGAUUUGCAGAAUCGUAUUGAGCCCAAUUUGCCGCGACAGCCGCAAGCAUUUGCGAAUGUAAUGGUGAGGCAUUUGCUGAAUCACGACGAGCCGGCAGAUGUUGACUUUGAUGACCUUCCAGUGGCUCUAAGAGCUGAUUUUCGGGUGUAUUAUCAAAACCAUUUUGAAGAAUUUGAACGAUGUUUUGCUGGUUACAAUCUCACUGAAGUUGGCAAGAGCCCUGGACGUCGUGUCAAUGCCGCUUACAUUCCGGGUGCAUUGCGUUAUCUUACUGGGAUUUUGUUUCAAGAAGCGGAGCGGCUUGACAGCCAACGAUGGACCGUGCUACCUAUAGGCAAGCUGCAAAUCUCAUUCGUACCGAUCGAUAUCAGAGUGCUAUAUUGGGUCUGCCGUCUUGCCCAUGGAAAUGCCUAUGGAAAUGAAAACAUUGUAUUCGAAGCUCCUCCUGCGAUAAGGCGUGAUACUCCGGGACCAGGAGGAGUAAUGUUUAUUCCACAAAAUAUCAUAGCUGGAAACACAAAUCCCUUGUUAAAGGAGCAAUUCUUUGAGCAGCUUUUCAACCUCGAUCCUUUGUCUAAAAGGCGAAUGCGAUAUUCUCCAGAAUACGUUUUCAAUCCUGAUGUCGAACCCAUAACAUUCAAAUUCUCCCUGAACACGGAUGGUGUACGCGUUUGCUUCCAUUUUGUCCGCGCUUUGGUCUCACUGCAGGGUGAACGUAUGCCAGACACUUCCGCUGAUGUGCGGUAUUAUGCAAGAGAGUUAAACCUAACAAAUUGGCAUCGUGGGAUGUACCACUUGAACAAAGAACCAGGCGGAUUGGACGCAGAGCGUUUGCAAGGAACCAGAAUUGUCGGAAUUGAUCCUGGCAUAAGAGCAAUAAUUACAGGCACCGAUACUACACAGCAUUUGGAAGUUCGACAAACAAGACAACAGCACGUUGUGCAAAUAUCCAACAAGGAGUACCAACAUCGCUCUUUAUCAAAUUGGAUAAGACAAAAAACCUUACACAGCCGUAUCCAUAGCCCAGAUGAUAUGGCGACUCAAUAUUUGGCUCUAAGCGCGUUUCCCGCUCGCACAUGCGAUCUACAAAACUUUUUGGAUCACGUGCAUUUGAGAUCGUUUCUUCACAACACUUUGCAUAAUUUUGCGUGCCAUUAUAGGCACAGGGAGCAACGAUGUACAACCUUUUCAGCACGUGUAUCAGCUCAAGAAUCUAUAGUCAACCAGAUUCUUAAUAUGGAAGAUCCAGAGGAUCUACGCGAUCUUCCUUUCAAUCAUCGAGAUAUGGGCAAAAGGCAACGCAAACUAACCAGGCGAGCAGCACGUGCCCAACGGCAACUUGUUCAAGAUACCACCAUGAAAGAACCAGAGGCUGACGUCGAGACCAUUGUUGCAUAUGGAGCUGCGCGUUUCGGUGCUACAAGUAAAAGGCACCAAGCAGUACCUGUGGAGACCCUCCGAGCAAGGAUUGCACGGCGUGCUCUUCUCAUUUUGGUCGAUGAAUUCCGUACCAGUGUGACAUGCCACGUAUGUAAUGGCCGUUUGCAACAAUUUCGCGAGCGACAGACGUUGGUUUGCCAACACAACAAAAAAUACAUCCGUGAUUUUCGUAAUGCUCCGGUUUAUGAUGAUGAAGGUCAUUAUAUUGAAGGCACAUGGACACGUGGUAAACCUCGUCAAUGGUGUAUGGAUGAAAAUGGUGCACGGCUACACUGGACCUCUAUUUGCCCUGGUCGAGAACAAGUGCAUGAUUUCCGCAACAAAGUGUAUGCUUUGAAGUGGUGUCCAAACUGUCAAUUUGUAUUCGAUCGCGAUAUUAAUGCAAGUACAAAUAUCCAUCGCAUUUUCGAACUUUACAUGGCAAACGAUGGCGGCAUUGAGUCUCGACCCGCUGCAAUGAGCCGUGGACAAGUACAAGAAGUAGUUAACGAAGUUGAAGAAGAAGAUGAACUCGAGACGGAUGACGACGACGAGGAGCUACUGUAA